AUGAAGGAAAAUGAGGCUCUUCCAGGAAAACCAGUGCUGUCCAGGAGGUUGGAUAUUUCCUUCCUUCAGGCGGGUCGUGUUCCUGUGGCUGCUCCCAGGAAAUCUCCAAGGGAAUCUUCCCACCCCCAUGUGUCUGUAGUGUCCUUUUACAGCAAGGAAAAGCACUACCUGGAUCCUGUGGAGAGGAAGCACCUGAAGGAGAUGCAGCUUCUGAAUCCAACUUCCAAGGCAUCCAAGCGCACAACAACCGCCAAACGUGGCCAAGCUGCCCCCAAAAUGGUGAAGAAGGGGAAGGGAGAGAUCCCAGUGGGAAAAUCCAAUGUGGGGAAAGAGAAUGGGAAUUGCCUGAUCCAGAAAAAGAUGGAUUCACCCUUCCGAGUGCUCAGCAUGAAGGUGAAACCUGCCCUGAAACUCCAGAUGGGAGCAGCUUUCUUUGUUCCCAGGAGGAAAUCCCACUCCAAAAAACCACCUGGAGACACCAAGGCUCUCCAGGGUAUUCCCAAACCUCCUCUGGAGAACCGGCAGCUGGAAGCAGGGCCAGCUAAAAACCUGGAUACAGCAGAUGGGAACAAAAUCCUAGAGGAGAAGGAGUCAUCACGAAGGAUUUCUGUGCCUUGGGAAAAGGAAAUGGAGGACAGGGAAGACUCUCCAGGCUGUGGGAAUCGAGGAGAUCUGGCACGUGGAGGAAAAGGAUCUCCAAGGGAAAGUGGGAAUGUCUCCUGUGCUUCCAAGCCUGGAGCAGUGGGAGACAGAGAUGUGGAGAACACGGAUGCUGCUGGAAUCAGCUCUUCUCCAGCCUGGGAUUCAGAUGGUUGUGUCAUCAUUUCCAGCCAAUCUCCUCCCAAAAGGCAUAAGCAGACAUCUCCCUCAAAAGCUGUUGUCUACCCCAUCUUCAGUGCCCCCACAGCCCCCAGGAAAAGGAUUUCCAGGCCUCAGGUUGGGCUGGAGGAGCUUCCGUUUGGGAACAACCCACCUGGAAAACCACCGAAGAGCAAGAAGGUCAAAGAGCUCCAGAAGAGUUCCAGGGAUCAGAUGAUCAUUGAUGCAGGUCAGAAGCACUUUGGAGCUAUAAUGUGCAAAUCCUGUGGGAUGAUCUACUCUGCUGCCAGCCCUGAGGAUGAGGCUCAGCACCUCCAGCACCAUGAGAGGUUCCUCGAGGGACUCAGAUAUGUGGCCUGGAAGAAAGAGCGAGUUGUGGCAGAGUACUGGGAUGGGAAAAUCAUCCUGAUCCUUCCAAACGACCCAAAAUAUGCAGUCAAGAAGGCAGAGGAUGUGAGGGAAAUUGUGGAUAAUGAGCUGGGAUUUAAACAAGUUGCUCUGUCCUGCCCAGCCCAGACCAAGAUCUACUUGUUUGUGUCCAGCGAGAAGAUGAUCGUUGGGUGUUUGGUGGCUGAGCCAAUUAAACAGGCGUUCCGGGUGCUGUCGGAGCACGGCAGUCCCACAUGCCCUGGGCAGGACUCCCAGCCCGCCCGUGCCUGGCGCUGCUCUGUGGAUCCUGAGCCGGCCGUCUGUGGCAUCAGCAGGAUCUGGGUGUUCGCCCUGAAGCGCCACUGCGGCAUCGCCCGGCGCAUGGUGGAUGUGCUCAG